AUGAAUAUCCUCGAGAAUAGCGAGGCCUUUAUUGAGGAGAAUGGUGAUCUCAUCUUCGAUCAUACGAAGAUUAUUCUUCAACGAAAUAAUGACGAAUACUUUUAUACAACCACGAAACAACGUUUCUCAGCCUCUUCUCAGAUUGACUUCAGUGGCAUGAACUUGAUCCAAAUUCCUGUUGACGAUAUCUGGCCAAUUUAUAAUUCCAAGUUUACUCAAGCUCCCGACCCUUUACCACCAAAUACCUACGUGAAACAGCCAAGUCUUUUAUACUAUGGGGACACUGCAGCAUCUUUCAAACUUAGCAGCCAAAUCUUGAACGAAGCUGAAGUAUGCGAGAUAUUAAUCAAUCAUCCACACCGCAAUAUCGCACAAUAUAUAGGCUGCAUUGUUCAAAACGGCAGGAUUCGGGGUCUUUGCUUUAAAAAGUACCUGUUAAGUCUUACUCAGAGGCUUCAAGAUGCUACACCUUUCGAUAAAGGCUCGUGUUUACAGGGAAUCAAAGAAGGAGUUAACCAUUUGCAUAACCUGGGCCUAAUACACAACGAUCUAAAACCACCAAACAUCAUGAUUGAUGGGGAUAAUCCGAUUAUCAUUGAUUUCGACUCAUGCAAACGACUAGGGGAGAAACUAGGAGCCAAGGCAGGGACCAUUGGCUGGACAAUAGUCGGGUCAGAAUAUGCAACACUUGAAAACGAUUUGUUUGGCAUAUCCAAGUUACAAGAUUUUCUGAAAGUGGAUUGUGGCAAGAAUGUAUCAUGA